AUGUCUCCUCGUACAGCAUCAGCUGACACUGAGACAGCAGCAGCAGCAGCAACAGCAGGACCAGAAGCAGCAGAAGCAAGAGCGGCAGCAGUGGCAGCUGCAGCGCCACCACCAAAAGCAGCACCAGUAGACGGCACAGCGCCCAUAGUAUCAGUCAUUGGUGCAGCAGCAGCAAAAGCCGUAGCAGCAACAGCAGCAGCAGCAGCAGCAGCAGCUUACUGUGUAGCCUGUAUACUUGGUGUGACUCUUAAGCAGCUGCAGGUCAAUAGAGGGACUGCCGCACACCAGCCGCUGCAGCUGAUAGGGCUCCAGCAAGUCAACGAUCUGCAGCGGCACCACGUCCCCCAGGCCCUGCCGCACUGCAGCCGUCUGAGCAGCAGCAGCAGCAGCAAUAGCAGCAGCAGCAAUAGCAGCAGCAGCAACAGCAAUCACAGUAACAGCAGUAGGCGCUGA